GAACCCCUGCUGCAGCCAUGAUGCCCGUGGCAGCCGUGAUGCCUGAUGACACACCCAUGUUUGACCCAAACCUUCUGCAUGAGCUCGACUGGAGUGAGAACACCACCACGUUUUCUCCUGCCAUUUCUCCCUUGGAUCCAGGAGAUGGCCUCGUUUUGAGGCCACUUUGCACAGCUGAUAUAAACCGAGGCUUCUUUAAGGUUCUGGGCCAGCUGACUGAAACUGGAGUUGCGAGCCCGGAGCAGUUUAUCAAAACCUUUGAGCACAUGAAGAGAUCCGGGGAUUACUACGUGACCGUGGUGGAAGACACAAAUCUUGGGCAGGUCGUUGCCACAGCAACGCUGGUGAUCGAGCACAAGUUCACUCACUCCUGUGCAAAGAGAGGAAGGAUAGAAGAUGUCGUGGUGAGCAGGGAGUGCAGAGGGAAGCAGCUUGGUAAACUAUUAACGUCCACCCUGACCUUGCUAAGUAAGAGACUGAACUGUUACAAAAUCACACUUGAGUGUCUGCCCAAAAAUGUGGAUUUCUACAAGAAGUUUGGCUACUCAGUGUCUGAAGAAAACUACAUGUUUCAACGGUUCUUUAAUUAGGAACUUCUAGUCUUUGUUUUGGUUUUUUUUUAAAGACUGCUGGUGGAGGAGCUUGUGCUACAGAACAUUCUCUUCGUGGAAGAUUUAUAUAGUUUAUUGCUGCAAAUAUAACAAUCCCUAUAAAUAAUGAUCAUCCAAUGUGUAAAUCCUGCAAAAAAAA